UUGGUUGUGGCAAGUUCAGAAAGGACAGGGGAGGGGGAGAGGGAGGUAUCCUCACGUAGUUGUCUCGGUCUUGCUUUUCUACAGAAAAUAGUUAACUCGGCUGAAACUGAAACAGCGCUAAAGAAAAGCCCCACCAGGCUGUCUUUCUCCUUCGUUCUCUCAGUUUCCUGCUCAAGGAAGCUAAUUUUGUACAGUUUGGCGUGUAGGACAACAAACUUUUGGUUGUUGUUUUUUCUCUUUCCUCAGUGUUUCCUGUGAAGAAUUUGGACUUUCUCAUCUGCAGAGCAACUUCUUCACCGGAGGAGGGGUGGAGGAGAGGUGGGUGUAGGAGAGGUAGGAGGGGAGAAGUUUUUCUCAGUCUGUCGCUCACUCUUGCCUUGCCGGGACAAUGAAAGAACAAGUGUGAGUGCAGGUCACAAAAAUCAAGAGGGAGAGAAAAAGGAAGGAGCAGUGCUUCCUGGAUAGGGAUCUCCUCUUGACUCCUCUAGGAGAGGGGGUGGACACAGGACAGAGACUCUGUAGCAGUGUGUUUGUGUGUGGAUCAGCGUGUCCACAUCCUCACGGUCCUGCUCUCUGAGGGAGGUAGAGCGUGAGUGUGUGUGUGUGUGUGUGUGUGUGUGUGUGUGUGUGUGUGUGUGUGUGUGUAGUGAGGGAUGACCAAUGCCAGCCCCUGCAUGUCGUCGGGACCCCUGUCCCAGGUCUUCUUCCACCCAGGGGGCCCCUCUCCCCCAGGCUCUGUGGUGAUGCAGCAGGGGACCCCCAUGGCUGUGCCUCCCACCUCUACUCAGGGUGGCUUCCCCCCUGUGGACCUGGGGGCCGGGCAGGGCCCUGGGGGGGUUGCCAUGUCCCACGUGCCCCCCAUCCCGGCAGGGGUCUCCUUCAUCCUCCAGAUUGGGCUGACCAGAGAGUCAGUGCUGCUGCCACAGACCGCUGACCUAGCCUACGUCAAACAGAUCGCCUGCUCCAUCGUAGACAUCAAGUUCCCAGAGUGUGGCUUCUAUGGCAUAUAUGACAAGAUCCUGCUAUUUAAGCAUGACACAGGCACCAACAACAUCCUGCAGCUGGUCAAGGCUCCCCAGGACAUCCAGGAGGGAGACCUGGUGGAGGUGGUGCUCUCUGCUGCGGCCACCUUCGAGGACUUCCAGAUUCGGCCUCAUGCCCUGAACGUCCACUCGUACCGUGCCCCGGCCUUCUGCGACCACUGUGGAGAGAUGCUGUUUGGACUGGUCAGGCAGGGCCUCAAAUGUGAUGGCUGUGGAUUGAACUACCACAAGCGCUGUGCCUUCAGCAUCCCCAACAACUGCAGCGGCGCUCGCAAGCGGCGCCUGUCCACCACGUCUCUGAACAGUAGCCAGUCGCUGCGUCUGUCCACCAGCGAGUCUCUGAGCAGCGUGGGCUCCAGCUCAGUCAGCUCCUGCAUGGAGGAUGCCAGCCUGAUCCGCUCUCACACCACCCAGACGCUCCCAAACUCCACCUGUACCGCGUCAGCAUCCCUGGGCCUGUCCACCAGCCCCUCCAUCACUAGACCCAUGGCCCGCGCCAACACUCCGAUGCCGCGGACCCCCAGCGAGGCGCGGCGGUUCUACACGGGCCGGCCGGUGCACCUGGACAAGAUCCUGAUGAGCAAAGUGAAGGUGCCGCACACGUUCGCCGUGCACUCCUACACGCGCCCCACCGUGUGCCAGUACUGCAAGAGGCUGCUCCGGGGCCUCUUCCGACAAGGGCUGCAAUGCAAAGACUGCAAGUUCAACUGCCACAAGCGCUGUGCAUACAAGGUUCCCAACGACUGUCUGGGGGAGACCUUAGGAGACAUGUUGAGUCCCAGUGUGGACCACGAGGUGCCUAUGGACUACAGCAGUGAGUAUGCCGACUCAGACAAGUCUUCUCUGACGGACGAUUCAGACGAGGCCUGCAGCAUCCCUGGCUCUUUCUCCCCCGAGAGUAGCCAGGAUGGGGUCGGCGGGGACCAGAGCGCUAACAUCCCGUUGAUGAGGGUGGUUCAGUCCAUGAGGCAGACCACCCGUCGCUCCAGCACAUCCAUCAAAGAGGGCUGGAUGGUGCACUACAGCAACAAGGACACACUGAGAAAGCGGCACUACUGGCGUCUGGACUGCAAGUGCAUCAUCUUGUUCCAGAACAACACCACCAACAAGUACUAUAAGGAGAUCCCUCUGUCUGAGAUUCUGGAGGUGCGCCCCUCAGGGGACUUCACCCUGGUUCCUCCGGGCACCAGCCCCCACUGCUUCGAGCUCGUCAUGGGAGCCAUGCGCUACUUUGUAGGGGAGGACCCCAACGUCCACGUCCCCGCCCUGCCCCCCACCGCCGCCCAGGCCUUCCCCCCCACACCCCCCUCCCCCAGCAACGUGGUUCCCAAUAGCGGCGUGGGGCGAGAGGUGGCCAAGGCGUGGGAGGGCGCCAUUCGCCAGGCCCUCAUGCCAGUCAUCUUCCAGGAUGCACCACCGAUAGAGGGACACACUCCUCACAGACAGGCUUCAGUCAGCAUCUCAGUGUCCAACAGUGUGAUCCAGGAGAACGUGGACAUUGGCAUGGUGUACCAGAUAUUUGCAGAUGAAAUCCUUGGUUCUGGACAGUUUGGAGUGGUGUAUGGGGGGAAGCACAGGAAGUCGGGGCGUGAUGUGGCGGUGAAGGUGAUUGACAAGCUGCGCUUCCCCACCAAGCAGGAGAGCCAGCUGAGGAACGAGGUGGCCAUACUGCAGAGUCUACGUCACCUGGGCAUAGUGAACCUGGAGUGUAUGUUUGAGACUCCAGAGAAGGUGUUUGUGGUGAUGGAGAAGCUUCAUGGAGACAUGUUGGAGAUGAUCCUGUCCAGUGAAAAAGGACGGCUCCCAGAGAGGCUCACCAAGUUCCUCAUCACACAGAUUCUGGCAGCCCUGAGGCACCUGCACUUUAAGAACAUCGUCCACUGUGAUCUGAAACCUGAGAAUGUCCUGCUGGCCUCUGCCGAGCCCUUCCCCCAGGUGAAGCUGUGUGACUUUGGCUUUGCCCGUAUCAUUGGUGAGAAGUCGUUCAGGCGUUCGGUGGUGGGCACCCCGGCCUACUUGGCCCCAGAGGUGCUCCUCAACCAGGGCUACAACCGCUCCCUGGACAUGUGGUCUGUAGGAGUCAUCAUGUACGUCAGCCUCAGUGGCACCUUCCCCUUCAACGAGGACGAGGACAUCAACGACCAGAUCCACAACGCUGCCUUCAUGUACCCACCCAACCCCUGGAAACAGAUCUCACCUGAUGCCACUGACCUGAUCAACAACCUGCUCCAGGUGAAGAUGAGGAAACGCUACAGCGUGGACAAGUCUCUCAGUCACUCCUAUCUACAGGACUACCAGACGUGGUUGGAUCUGAGGGAGCUGGAGACCAAGCUGGGCGAGCGCUACAUCACCCACGAGAGCGACGACUGUCGCUGGCAGAUGUUUUCCCGCGAACACACGCUCCCCUAUCCGGCCCACCUGGUGCCCCCUCUGCCUGCGCUCGGCUCCGACGAUGAGGACGCAGACAUGCAAGGGCUCACCGAGAGGGUCAGCAUACUCUGAGAACCUGGAGAGCCAGGACCCACGCGGACCCAAGGGACUCGGACUGACCCAGGGAAGAGGAGGGAAGCGAGUAGAGGGAGAGAGAGAGAGAGAGAGAGAGGGGCUGGCUGGAUGGAUGGAGGUCUGGAGAGUGGGGAGGGGGAGGCUGGGAGGUUUAGCUGUUAAUAAAGCGGCUUCUAUUGAGAUGAUGCCGCUCCUAACCGUCUACUAACGGUGUCCCACUCCGGCCCUAGCCUGUCCAGUCUCCAGACCCCAUCCUUGACCCCUCUCUCAUCGGUCUAGCUUAGCUCUUCCACCCUUGAACUCUUUGAGUGUAAGAUAUUUGCUCUUCUGUAUCCCACAAGGCCAUGCUGUACUGUACCCAGUGGUCAGGGGAUGUGUAGAAUAUUGUUGCUUGCAGUGUGCUCAUUCAGUCUAAGCUGCAGUAUGGCAGAGGUCAGUUUGGGUGAAACACUCAAAAUGCAAUCUAAGCUCCUGGCAGAGGCACAACUUGCAUCUUUCUAUCUCCGAAGCCUGGGGAAGCACAGGGAUCCCCUGCGUAUUGUGACGAGAGACUGGGAUAGAGACAGACAAAAAAACUUGAACUCGGAUCAAUCCACUUACGCGGGACUUACAUCCACCCAUAAACAAAUCCUUAUGAACUGUUUUAUUAUCAUUGAACGCGAUGACUGGAAGCGCCCUGCCUGUACUGUCAGAACGGUUUGCUGCAGACCUCGAAGAGUUUAAUGGGGACAAAGGAGUCAUUUAGUGCCUGUAAGUGGUAGAUAAAGGGCUUCUAACAGUAGGCAGCAGACCGGCGCUCGUGGGCUGUCAUGGUCUCCAAGGAAAUCUGCUGUUUCAAACGACGACAGAAGAAAACAAAGCCGGAAGUGGAUGUAGCAAUCGAGGAUUGCACCUUUUUUUUUUUUUAACUGUCCACUGAUACUUUCCUAGUUGGCCCAGCGUCAUUAUCGAUGACGACUUUAUUAGUGAAGACUCGCUUAUCAUCGGAAGUGCAAAUUCACGAGUCCUGGUGAUUCGAGGGUGUCCUAGACCCGUAGACAUGCACGGUUACAAUGAAGGGGGGGGGGGGAUGCUAUUGCUCUUCUAGUUACUGGAGAAAGACGACCGACUGCCCAUCUCUGGCGUCAACGCUAAAGUGUGGGAGGAGGGCUCCGAUAUCGAUGGCUGACUAUGAACCUAGCAUGUCAACUCGUUGGAUGUCCACGUGAGGUCGAUUUUUGUCUAGAGGAAAAGCAUUGUCAUGAAGGAAUAUUGUGUACAUGUGUAACCAUAUCUAUAUGUAGUGUAGUCAACGUAUGCCCGGUGGAGAAUGUAAACCCAUGGAAGGUUCCAGCAUUUAUAUGUGACACCGAUACAAACCUUGACG